AUGCAGAUCGACGAAAUCAUUUCCGAUGAUCGUAUCAAUAUGGAAACGUACGGCGUCAUAGAGAACCGUGAAGGCUUCUUUGACGCUCUCUUCUUAAAACCGGGACCAGUGAAUCCCGAGGAUAUCGCUGAGCGAUCCAAGGCAACUCUACCGAAAGAAUUCGAAAAGAGUCAUCCAUUAUCUGCAAAGCAUUUCUUACCAAGGCAAUUUCAUGAGAUUAAGUCAGUGGCCUGCAAAGUUGCGACCUCUAGGGCUGGCAUCAAGCUCCUCAAGUCGUUUCUCGGUUUCUUUAUCGCAUACAUCCUAUGCCUUGUACAGCCAGUACACAACUGGCUAGGUCGAUAUGAUUACAUUAUGGCAGUCUCUGCAAUUCUAAACCACCCAGGUCGGAGUUUUGGUUCGCAGGUGGAUGGUGCUGUAGCGACCAUUGUCGGUACCGCUACCGGCCUAGCCUGGGGCGCUCUUGGACUUCUCCUUUCUACAUCUACUCAUGAUGCAGGCAGCGGAUAUGGAGGUAUUCUGGCUCUCUUCUCUGCUUUUUUCUUCCUUGGCAUCGCUUACAUACGCUCGUUCUUCAUUCGUCUUUACCAGACUGUGCUAUGCGCAGGUAUAGCUGUUAUCUUCACAACGCUGGCCGAGACCAGUAGUCUAGAUAUCCGCUGGUCCAAAUUCUGGAGCUAUGCCAUUCCUUGGCUUCUAGGUCAAGCGAUUGCCAUGGCCGUCAAUUGUCUUGUCUUUCCCGAUGCAGGCAAUCGCCAUUUGGCAGUUGCCCUUGACAAGUCAUUCAAAACUAUAGAGGAAUCUCUUGUCAUUCCUAGGCCAAGAGACACGAGACUUAGGAGACGUCUUGCGAAGACUUUUAUGGACAUGUCACUUGCUUACCGAGAUAUGAGAAUCGAUAUUACCAUUACACGCUUCCGUCCAAUGGACUUGCGAGAGCUACGCAAUGCAGUACAGGGCGUAGUCAGGGCCCUUCUCUCCAUGGACACGGACACGGAUCUUUUUGAAGACUGGACCAACCCUGUUGAAAUAACCAUUGUAGAUGAUGCAGGUAGCGAGGCUUCGUUCGAGGAUUCUAGGCGCAAAGUAGCCCAGGUUCUCGUGGACCCCACGAAGGAAGUGAUAUCGUGUAUGUCAGAGGGUAUUAGGAGAUGCCAUGCUGUGCUGAUGGACCUGACUGGUUGGCGCAAGCACUUUGGUCCUCCAGCUGAUAUCUCAUCGGACAUUGCAUCUGUCCAAUUGCGUAUGGAAACCGCUCUUGAGGCUUUUGACACAGCGGAAAUGCUUCUCCUCAGAUCCGAAGACAGGCCCGAGACAUAUGCGGAACAUGGUCAGGCCGUAGAGCUUUUCGUCUUUGCUAGACACGUCCGCGAAACAGCAGCAACUAUUGUCAACCUCAUGGCCAAAGUACACGAUAUGUCUACUCACUCUAACAGAAAGCGCGUUAACCUUCCCACAUACCCCCCUGAAAAGGCUAUGUACAGGACGAACGCGCAAGUGAGACAUGAUCGCGGCGGCAUUACAGCGGGCAUGUAUCGAGCAACUUUUGCCGAGAUUGGAAAACUGAUCAAAUUGACCAGUACGAGCGAGAAGCGCCAGCCGCGUGAGAACUACGAGGCAGUCACCGAGCCAGACGACAGUAAGAUGACAGAGCCGAGUAUUACCGGGCAACCAGCUUCAGAUCAAGAUAAGCUCGGGUAUAGGAUAUGGAUAACCUUGCGACGCCUUCAGGGGUUCGAAAGUAGAUAUGCACUCAAGGUGGCUAUCUUGACUACACUCUUGGCUCUUCCUGGAUGGCUACGGAGCGAAUCCGCCUGGUGGAAUCGAUAUGAGGCCUGGUGGGCUGUCUGUAUGGGCUGGAUCAUGAUUCAUCCCCGAAUAGGUGGUAAUAUCCAGGAUUUCUUUACUCGUGCUUCGGCGGCUCUUCUCGGCGCUGCAUGGAGUGGUGCAGCUCAUGCAGCAGGCGGUGGUAAUCCAUAUGUGCUGGCGGUAUUCGCUACUAUCUACAUGGUUCCUAUGAUGUAUCGCUUUACCCAGAGCACUCAUCCGCGAUCUGGUCUUGUUGGAUGCCUUUCCUUCACCGUGAUAUCCCUCAGCUUGCGGAGCCACUCAGAAGACUCUUCCAUAACACUGCUUGGAGUUCACAAGGGCAUAGUCUUCUUCGUUGGGACUAUAGCACCCAUCUUAAUAAACUGGAUACUUUGGCCGUUCAUCGCCCGACACGAGCUACGACAUGCCCUAUCCGCCAUGAUUAUUUUCAUGAGUAUAAUGUACAGGAAUGUCGUUGCGGACUAUGUCUAUUUCGACAAAGGCAAAGAUCCAACCCCUGAGGACAUCAGACGGUCCGAGAUGCUUGAGAGUCGUAUGCGAGAAGGUUUUGUCAGAAUCCGACAGCUUCUUGUCAUGACACGUCACGAGAUUCGCCUUCGAGCCCCUUUCGACCCAAUCCCUUACUCGUGUCUGGCUGCCUCAUGCGAGCGCUUCUUUGAAUAUCUUAUUGCGGUCAGACAAUCCGCGCUUUUCUAUAAUCCAGAUUACAUCCGCGACAACCCUGUGGCUGCUGAAAAGCUGCUCUUCUACCGACGAGAUGCAGUAGCCGCCAUUCUCGGCAAUCUAUAUAUCCUCGCCGGUGCUUUGAAGUCCCAACGCAAAGUACCUCGCUAUCUACCAAGUGCCGCGGCUGCGCGAAAGAAGUUACUCCAUAAAACCGAAGAGGUCGCCAGGGAAAUGGCAGAAAGUACCGAGUUUCAGGAGCUCGAAAGGCAAAAGACUUGGAGUGAUAUUUAUAGCUAUUCAUAUAAUGAGAGUCUUACCGGCUGUGUUGCUCAGUUGGAAGAGCUAGAGCAGUUCACAAAGCUUAUCGUGGGCGAGAAAACAUUCGAGAGCUCAAAACACACACAAUACGAUGAAGAGGAGGAUGCUGAUGAAUCGCCAGAGCGGCUUUGA